UUUAAAUGUCUAUUUUAUGAUUAAAAUUAUCUUUAAUUAGAUUUUAAACAAUUAUAUUAACAAUCGUUUCAAUGAGUUAUUUAUUAAGAUCCACGAAGAGAUCCAUUUGUUUGUCAUCACUGGUCCGGCGAACCAACGGUCAACUCAUUUGUUCCCAAAGCCUUCGCUGGUCUUAUUGUCCGCAAUGUCUUCACAACUCAAAUAUCCGUUGUUAUGCCUCACAAUCGCCGCAACAAAAGGGUUUCAUUGGGAAACUCAUUGAUAACAUUAAACAAGAGAUGUCGAAGAAUAAGGAAAUGAAAGAGAGUCUCAAGAAGUUUAGAGAAGAGGCGCAGAAACUGGAAGACUCGGAAGCGCUUCAGAAAGCGAGACAUAAAUAUCAAUCGAUUGAAUCGGAAACCGCCAAAAGUGGUCAGCAAUUCAAAGAGCAUUUGGAAUCAAUUAAAGAUAAGAUAUCGAAAGGUAUAGAAGACGCACAGAAGACAGAGAUCGGCAAAAAAGGGAUCGAAAUGACGGAUGAGUUGCAGAAACAGGCGAAGAGUGCGGCCGAGGCUUUCACCAAACAGACGGAACAACUCAGUCAAAGCGAUGCCUUCAAAACGGUUUCACAGACAGUGAAAGCUGUGGGCGAAGAGAUCGGAGAGACUGGAAGAGUGUAUAAAAGACCGGAAAAAUUGCGCAAAAGAAAAGAGGAAUCGGAGGAUAUGUUUGCCCACCAGAAGCCCAUCGAACCAAAUGAGUUGGUUUUCAAAUGCAUUUACAUUUCAUGA